AUGACAUUAUCAUCGGGAAUGUAUCAUAAACGUUGGGCUAGUGCUAGUAAUGAUACUAAUUCAACUAGCGCUAGACGAAGCGCAAAUGUCACACAAGCAAUCACACCGCAUACUUAUGGUACCAGUUGGAAUUCGAUACGAUGGAAUAAACCAUUGGAGAGCAGUGGUGGAACUAUUGGUAGUAGAUAUUGCAGUCGUUUUAUGCCUUUUUCUGAAUCAAAGGAUUAUUCGACACCACCAUUAGGACAUAUCGGCUUACAAUCUACUAGCAAAAAUAACAUCGAAUUGAAGAACUCCGGUCCGUAUAUCAGAGAGCGUUCCGUACGUUUUGGAGAUUCUGUAUUAUCAGUGAUGAAUGAUAAAACAUCAACAAGGAUAUCACCUCGACUUCCUUGGCUUCCUGAUAAUUUAACAAAUCGACGAAACACAACAUACAAUACGGUUACGAGAAAUCCACGUGAAAAUUCUUUCACUUCUAAUAGUAGUAGUAGUAGAUGGACAUCACCUUCAUUCUCUACGACUCGAUCCUUUCAAUCCGGAAUACGCAAUACAGUUCCUGCAUCAUCGUCAUCAGCUACAACGUCACUUCAUGAUAAGCCAUUCUUAAGUAAUACGUCGCAGACGAUCAGUAAUAAUCACGGAAAUGCGACACUUAAGACAGCAGAUCGUCCAUGGCGUCGUCGUAUGGCUGACGCAGCACGUUUACGUAUUGUUCACGGUGAUGAGAUUGGUGGUGCAGUGCAUUCAACACUUGCAACAAUGCGUGCACGUCGUAGCAGUAUACCAAAUGGUCGUAACUGUACCAGUAAUGGUAGCGAUGAAUUGCGAACUACACUUAAAGCAUUGAAAAAUUAUAUAGAUGAACAAACUACGGGUUUCUAUCGACAAAACAAUCGCUUCUCAGCACGUAAUUCACCAAUAUUCAAUGAUAAAUUAUCUUUUGAUAAUUCUAUGAUAACAUUUAAGCAACAAACUCCCAUUCGUAAUUUUUACUCAAAUCGAUGGAAUUCAGGACGAUUCUCAGAAUAUAUGUCAAGAAGUUAUUCCCCAGUUCGACCGAGAUCAAACGCACUUAAUACAAAAUUGUCUAAGUAUAAUUCUAUUUCUACAGAUAUGUUAUUACGACCGUUACGUUUCAAUGACAAUAAUUUACAUGAAAAUGCCGUCAAUUCGAUAAAUCCGGUUGCUCGUAAUUCAUCAAUACCGGAAAAUAUAUCUGAACGUGAAUCGAAUAGUCGAUUAUUAUCCAUUAAAGAGAGAACGUUACGUUAUCAAUCACGGCAACGUAAAUUAGAAAUAGAAACAAAUUCAUCAUCAGAUAACGAGCAACAAUCAAGUGAAAUACGUAAACGAAAAUUACGUAAACGACUUAAAAAGAAAUGUUAUAAUGAUAAUGAUAAAUCUGAGAGUAAACAAUCAUUGAGAAGUGCAGAAAAAGGACUGAUAAGAACUGAUAAGGAGAUAAGUGUGAAAAUUGAUAUUCAAAAAGAUAGUGCUAAUGAGAUGAAAGAAAUAAAAUGCGAUGAAAUUUUGGAUAGUUUAAAGAUCAAUUUUUUCACAAAAUGUAAUGAAAGGUCAAAAUUGAAAAUAAUACCUACUGAAUAUGAUAAAGCACAAUGUGAGGAAAGUGAUAAAGAGAGAAAAGAUAAACUGAUAAGAGUACUAUCAUUUGUAAAGAGAAAGAAAUCAACAAAGAAAUGUAAUAAUGCAACAACUUGCAUUAAUCAUAAAAUGGAAGCAAAGAAGAAUGCAUUAAAAGGUAAUAAAUGUACGGAAUGUAAAAAAACACCGCUAGGAAUGCAGACGAAAGCAAAUAUCGAUGUAAAAUUAGCAAAUCGAAGAGAAGCAUCGCCUUAUUCCGAUCAGCUUUCAACCCUUUCAAUCUUAUCGACCAAAAUCGUUUCAUCUUUAAGCAAAAAUAUAAAUAUGAAUCUACCAGCUGACAAUCUCGCCGAAACUAGCAAGAAACGAUAUGAUGGUGAUAAUGAUGAUGAUAAUGAUGAUGAUAAUGAUGAUGAUGAUUUGGCUAAUUUCAAUUCUUCAGACGAAGUGCAACGUACAAAAUCAAAAUCUCCAGCACCAGUACCGGGUAUUUGGAAUGGUCCUGAUUAUCAUGAAAUAAAUAUUAGUCAUAAUAAACGACUUCAACGUAAUGAAACAUACAGUAAUGAGAAUGUCUUUGGUAUUAUUACCAAAAAAUGUAUAUCAUAUAAAGAAGUACCAGCAGUGACCAUUCGUACAACCAAACAAAAAUCUCGUCAACCAGUCGAGAUUACACUAAAUUAUGCAUUUCAAUCUCAAAUUGUAAACAAUGAAAAAAUUUUUUUCAAUCAAAAAUAUUUCAGGAUUAUCAAAAUUGACAAGAAAUUGUUAUCAAUAAUUAAUGCUGCAAUUAAUGUUGAUGCAAUGUUUACAUCUCGAACACAAUCAAUGCAAGAAGGCACAUUUGAUAUCAUUAAAAUGAAAAGGAAACAUAAGCCAUAUUUAUUAACAGUAAAAGAGCCUAGUAUGCGAGUUACUACUGUUCAUGAAUCAAUUUUUAAACGAUCGAAUGAACAGAAUUCAUGUCGAGCUCAGGUAACAGUUCUUACUUCACCUGUUACCAAUGUGAACUUUAGUCGAUGCUUGAAAUAUGUUCAAAUUACAUAUCCUAAACGUUUUCCUAGGUCUAUAAAAAAUGUCCCUCAACAAGCAUACAUUGUUGAAGAGAAUAAUAUGGGACAAAAGGUCAAGAACGAAGUCAACUGCGCAUCUGAUCAAUUGCUUCCUUUGAAAUUUGAUACUGACGAGGCAUUGUCAGAAAACGAUGAGCUAAUAUUUUCCGACCGUUCCAAACUUGGAAAAUACCUGAAAUAUAAGCACGAGAAAGUAAAACGUAUGCGCAGUGAGCCAGCGGAAUUUAAUAAUCGAGAAUCAUCAUAUUCGAUGGCGGCUUCUGAACUAAUGCGCGCUUGCGCUGUUCGAAUAUUGGAACCAACUCGUCAAGUACCAUAUAUCACAGCACCAAGUCGUUCACGUCUUGGUAGUGUCGAAAUGGAGACAAUUUCAAAUCCAAUACGAAUGCAUGGAGAAAAGUUAUUGGCCAAAAAUCAUCGUAAACUGAAGAAUUCAUCAAUUGAAAGAUCAGAACGAUCAAUGUCGUUAACGAAGCCAUCGUUUGAAUUUGAUAUACCAUUAUCACCAUUUGAGCAAACUCUUCAAAAUCAAGCAUUUCAACUUCGUCGAAUAUCCACUGUCUGUGAUAAUGAUAAUGAUAAUGAUGGUGAUGAUGAUGAUGAUAAUAAUAUUCCAGUUAUACAGAAUUCAUCAACAGUUGAUAAAACGAUGCAACUUCCAGUUUAUGAUCAUAGCAGAUAUCCAUCUGUUGAAGGUUCAUCUUUAACGUCAAAUUUCACAGCUGCGGUAGCAGCAGCUGCGCAACCACGGCAUGAACGUUACGCAGCGCAUAUACCGGUUACCCGCAUCGACGGAAGUGGUCGGCAAUCAACAACUAGCAUCGAUUCACACAAUAGUGGUGUAAUUGGAUCAGAGAUAGCUAAUAAUCUGCAAUUGGAUCAGAUGAUCGAUCAAACUCGAUACAGGCAUCAUCAUCAGCAUAGGAAUAAAUUUAAAGAAGCUAUUGAUUAUUUGGAUCAAAUAUUUGAAGAUCUUAAAAGAGAGGGUGAUCAGAUAGAUAACACGCAGCAAUCACGUGGAAUAGUAAUAAAUAAAGAAAUUUCAAAAAAUAGUACAAAUUUUGUGAACGUAACUGCACCAACAGUUAAACUAAAACAAUGCAAUGGUAAUAUUAAGCCAACGAUGAAUAAUGUUGUUAGCUUGGAAGAGCGAAAUUUACGACAAAUACCUGUUGCAACUACCAAAAGACAUUCGUUGUAUGCAUCAAAGCCAAGAAUUUUCGAGAAGCAUUGCUUGCAAGAAAAAGCUGCAUCAUUCGAGCAACCAUCAACAGGUGACAUUGAAAUUUCGGAGACAGUUGUAAUACCAUCACAGAAUCGUAAACUUAAAGGUGAAAGGAUGGAUUUUACCAGACGAUGGCUUACUGGUGAUAUCAAAUCAUGGAUUGCUGUUCAACCAAAACCAGAUUUAAUUCUUGAUGGUGUUGAAGAAGAACCUGAUAUUGAUGAACGAUCGUUAGGAAGUUGUUCGGCUGAAGUGGCAGCAAUUAAUUCAGUAGUUCGAAAAAAGAAAAAAAUUCGAGAUGUACCAGAUCUUAUUCAAAAUGUUGGAUCAACCAAAGGUAAAUAUGUAAGAUAUUCAAAUGCUCAUCAAAAUGAUCCUUUAACAUAUAAAAAUAGCGAUAGCAAAUAUUUUCAACAAAUAAAUCCAAUUAAACCGUUACCAGUAAAAGCUCAAGUUGCAUACAAUUUUCCAACCGGAAGUAUUGGUAGUCUAAAUAAUUUCAACAGUUUUUCUCAAUCAUUUCAUGAUAGUAACAUUUGGACAAGUAAUUGUGAUUUAAAUAGUAAUCAAAUUCCGAUACAAAGAAUUCCAUCACAUAGACGGAUAUCAGAUCAGAAACAUUAUGAUUCUGGUGCAGUAUCAUGGCGAUCUACAUCACAGGAUCCGUUGAGUAGUGCAAAAUCGGAAGAAAUUCAACUUUGCGCACGAAAAACAGGCGCAUUUACACCACUACAACCACCUAGCAUUGUAAUGAUGCGUGGUUCAGUGGCCAGUUUACCGGAUUCAUCGAAACCACUUCAUAAUACAGACCCGGUUGUGACGAUCGAUGCAUUAGUUGCAGAAUUGGAAUUGAAUACGGAUCAGACGUCAGUAGCUAGCAAACGACGUUCGUUUCCCACCGGAAAUGAAUAUUUUGUACGUCAUACUAAUAAUAGUUACGUGAAACCGAUGAUCAGUAGUCAACAGAUGGAACAGAGCAGUAGUAAUCAAUUAUUUGCUAAAACAAAAUCGGAAUAUAAUAUUGCUUGUAAACAGCAACCUCAGAAAUUGAAAGAUUCCUUUAAUGAGAUGACAAAUAUGUUACAAAGUGUCAUCAGUGAUGUCACAACAUCAAACGAAUUGUACAAAGGUCGUAAAUAUGUGCAGACAGGAUCAAAGGGCAAUGCCGCCGUAUUGUCACCAUUUGAAACAAUCAAUCAGGAAAAGCUGAAUCCAAGCAAAGUGGAAGCAAUGCAAUCUUUAUUCGAGAAUAAACAACAUGCAAAAGUAUGGCGUCGGAGUAUUUCAAAGAAUAAUAAUGGCAAUAAUCAAUUAGCUACAAAUGUUAAAGAUGAUGAAAAUUACUACGAAAUCAAUGAUUUUGUUGUUCCUCGACAAGAGCCUAUUUCUACUUAUUCGAAACCAUUAGGGAAGCAAUCCACUUCAAAAAUUCGUCCAACUUUUCAAUCGAAACGACAUCUUCCACCAGCAAUUGUUACACCAUCACGAUCUGAAUUUAUUCCAGCAUUUCCAGUAACUCAUCCACCACCACGUCCACCAGGUUCUACAAAUUCUUCACAAACAGGUGGUUACUAUUCAUCUGGUUCAUCAUUAGGUGCUCAAUCAUCGUAUGCAUCACCAAAUAAUCAUUCAUUGAUAACACAAUCAUCUGGUAAUCGAGCAUCAUCAAUUCUCGGGAAACAAUUAAUUUCCUCUCAAGCAGCUAGUUUAGAUGAAGAAGAUGAUGGCUUCUAUGAUAAUAUUCAGACUGAUGAGAAACGCUCUUCACGUAGCAGUGAGGUUGACAAUAUGUCAACAUGCAGUCAUCGAAUACUGUCAACAACCACCACUAAAGCACCUGAAAUUGUGAAGACGAGUAAUCGAUUUGGUCAAUUCUUACGAAAAAUCACUGUAUCAAAGCCACAGAUCAGUGCUGCAUCACUGAUAUCACUUAAUAAGAUUGCUAAUGAAAUAAAACCAUCUAAAUCGAUUCCUUUAAUGAAAAGUAAUAGUUUAAAUCAUUGUCAAGGAAAUAAGCUUAUUGCACAAAAUAUGAAUACUUCUGUUUCCUCAGUGAUGGUGGAAAAACGUGGUGGUUUGGGUCAACGUCUAAAGAAUUCUAUAUUUGGAAGUAAAAAACGCCUGAAUUAA